UUCCUUAAAUACCAGUGCAUUGACAUCCGGAGAAUGACAUCAUCGACGCUUAAGUAACGAGAGGGGGAGACAGACUCGUGGAGGACGGCCGUCAGUGCCACCGGAGCUUCUCAGGGACUAUCAACACGGAGCGCAGCCGACGACAGAGCUAAGAGCUGGGGGAAUGAGCGCCGCGAGAAUCCGCUCCCAUCCUCCUCUACCAAGGCUCCUAUCCGCCUGACAACCAUCGGAACAGAAUCUUCACAGAACCAGCUCUCAUACGAGUCCAAUAUCGGCUGUGAGUGACUGCCUGCGAUCAUGGAGCUGAGAGUGGGGAACAAGUAUCGGCUCGGGCGGAAGAUAGGAAGUGGUUCCUUCGGAGACAUUUACCUUGGUGCUAACAUUGCCACUGGUGAAGAGGUAGCCAUCAAGCUUGAAUGCGUGAAGACCAAACACCCACAGUUACACAUUGAGAGCAAGUUCUACAAGAUGAUGCAAGGAGGAGUGGGCAUUCCAUCGAUAAAGUGGUGCGGUGCAGAAGGAGACUACAACGUCAUGGUGAUGGAGCUUCUGGGCCCCAGUCUGGAGGAUCUUUUCAACUUCUGCUCACGCAAGUUCAGCCUCAAGACCGUGCUGCUCCUGGCCGACCAAAUGAUAAGUCGUAUUGAGUACAUCCACUCCAAGAAUUUCAUCCACCGCGAUGUGAAGCCAGACAACUUCUUGAUGGGGCUCGGCAAGAAGGGCAACCUCGUCUACAUCAUCGACUUUGGGCUGGCCAAAAAGUACCGUGACGCCCGCACACACCAGCACAUCCCCUACAGGGAGAACAAGAACCUGACGGGCACGGCGCGAUAUGCGUCCAUCAACACGCAUCUCGGAAUUGAACAGUCCAGACGUGAUGACCUGGAGUCCCUUGGCUACGUCCUCAUGUACUUCAACCUCGGGUCCUUACCCUGGCAAGGCCUCAAGGCUGCUACUAAGAGACAGAAGUACGAACGAAUCAGCGAGAAGAAAAUGUCCACACCCAUUGAAGUUCUUUGCAAAGGAUACCCUUCCGAGUUCUCCACAUACCUGAACUUCUGCCGAUCACUGAGAUUUGAUGACAAGCCAGAUUACUCCUACCUGCGACAGCUCUUCAGAAAUCUCUUCCACCGGCAGGGCUUCUCCUACGAUUAUGUCUUUGACUGGAAUAUGCUCAAGUUUGGGGCCACUCGGACAACUGAAGAUGGGGACCGGGAAAGGAGGACUGGAGAUGAGAGGGAAGAUCGGAUCGGUGUUGCGCCCAGGGGUUCUGCAGCACGGGGCCUCCCCCCUGGUCCCAACCCCGGCCCUGCCAGCAGAGUCCGAAAUGGACCAGAACAGGCGGUCUCUAACCCUGCCUCACGGGUCCAGCAAUCUGGAAACACAUCACCUCGUGCCAUCUCUCGUGCAGAGAGGGAGAGGAAGGUGAGCAUGCGGCUCCACCGCGGGGCUCCCGCUAACGUCUCGUCCUCUGAUCUCACAGCCCGUCACGACCAAUCCAGGAUUUCUACGUCACAGGUCAGCGUGCCAUUCGAGCACAUGGGGAAGUAGAAGUCUUUGGCUCGGCAUGCACAUGAAAUUGACAGGGCUUCAAGGUGUUUUUGUCGCUCCGGGUUUCAUUUUUACUUUUGCUUAUGAAAAGAUUGAUGCCAACGGACACAUGGGAGAGAAGUACAGCAAAUCCCAAACGCAUCCAGAGAUUUUUAUCGUACCCAGCAUCCAGUCUUUUUAGGGACCCUCUCUGUGAAUCCCUGGAUCAUCACUACAUCGAUGCAAAAAGCAAACCUCGCCCCCUCCUCCUAAAAUAUUCCCCCGACAAGGAAUUAGGGGAACUGCUGGGUCAAAGGAUGUGAACGUUCAAACAUCAACUCCCUUUUUAAGUGUCGUCUUAGUAGAAAUGUAGCCUCUCAUUUAAACACAAACCUUUUUGGUAAAUAACGGGAGAGGGUAGUGAUUUGAAAGACGGAUAAAAUGUUUUAUUUUUGAUUUUUUUUUUUUUCCCUGGUGAUUUGCAUCCAGCCCUUCAUCCACCGUGUGAUUUACUGUCCCUUAAAUUCCAGCCACCAAAACCAACCAGUACACAUACAUAGCUUUGCCUGUUCUGACUUGUUUGUUUAUGUAUGUGAGUGCUCUAUUUUCUGUAACACAAGUUGUUAAGGUAGUUGUGUCAACAACACACUCCCAGGUCCUAAGGUCCUAAGGCGAGGUCCUCAGGAAAAACCACCAUUGUACUGGACCAGACACCAUGACACCCCAGUUGGACUAUCAAAGAAUGGCGGCAGUUUUGCUUUUUUAAAUCUUAAUGUUAAAUGUUACUUUAAAAAAAAAAAAAUCAUAGGGGGGGGUUGGCUGACUCCAUUAGGGAUGACUUUUAUGGGGAGGGGGGUCCUUUGUUUCUUUUUUUAAACGUUUACAUCACUGUAAAUAUUUUUUUAUUUUUUUGAUGUAAAGCCAAAAUGUGUGUUUUUGUUUUGAAGAUGUAAAGUAGGAAAACACAAACUAAUGACUUAAAUUUGGGAGGGGUUCUGAAUUUUAAAUAAAUGAAAGUACUACAUUUUGGACAUCAAUGUUGCUCUGCCAACUGGGUCAUAAAAGAGAGUGUGGGUGUGUGUGUGUGUGUGUAAGGAUUUGGAGUGUGAGUGUAAUCCCUGAUAAGAGUGCAAGGUUCAUUUUGUGUGUUUGGAGACCUCUCUCUCUCUCAGCUAUUUAAGUGAAACUACUUUGAUCCUAUUUGUUAUUUACCUUCCUGUCAGUCACCAGAUGUAACUUCACUUUCCUUCAAAUCCUCUCAACACAGGGCUUUGUACAUCCCCCCCCCUGCAGAAAUAUGUCUACCCUUGGUGUCCCUUUUUUUAAUUUAGUUUUUAACCUCCUGUGACCUUAAUGAUGUCAUUCAGAUCAACCUAACCGACUCAAUUGCAGGGAUGUGUAAAUAGCUUGGUACUGCGUGUAAUUACCUUUGUACAGGCCACCAUGACCCAGUGGCAUUGUAACUGUUGUAUAUGUGCGAGUGUGUUUGGGGGGUGGGGGGGUAUUAUAUAGGUUAAGGUGACAGAAUUUCACUUCAUGUAUUGUGUACUGAUAUCUUGUACAGUUCUUUAACACUUUAUUUACAACAGU